AUGAAAAAUAUGAUAUUUUAUAGCAUUUCACUUUCUCUUGUUGGUUUGAUGUGUUGUCACAAUGAAGCAAAUGAAAAUAUUCCUUUAAAUAUUUUGGAACCAGACGAAAUCAAAAACAUGUUGAAUUUUGCUGUUAAUGACGACUUCAAUUUAGAGAUAUUUCCAUUGUCUAAUUAUUUUAAAAUGAUGUGUUCCGGAUCAUGGAAUAAAGUAAUCGACACUAUCAAUAAAAUGUUUGAUAACUUAUUGGUGGAUAAUACAAUCAACAAAUCAGUAAAAAAUACUACAAACAGAAUUACCAGAAAUGCGAAUACGGCCAAUGACCCAUUAACUCAGUCUAACAUUAGUAAGGUACAACAGAAUUUAAACAUGAGUACAGUAUCAGUUUUUCAGAAUAAAGUAACUGAAAAUCAAACACAACCACAUAUCGACUAUUCUAUUACUAACUCAACACCCAGUGCAGAUUUUUUAUCUGCAGCUUUCAUAAGUACAGGACCAUUUAUUAAUAACAAUACAAACCGAAAUAAUAAUACUUCCGAAAACAAAAUGUCUAAUACAUUUAAUAAUUUGUUUACUUGGUCUGGAUUUAAAGAAUAUAUGGAUCGUAUGUUUAUAAUUGUUUUGACUGCAUUAUUAUUUCUGUUCAUAGGAAUACUUACUUAUACAGUAGAACGAUCAUGCAACGUAAGACGUGAAAUAAAUCAACAACAAGAAAUCUUUUUGUAA